UGAGACGAGGAAAUUGAGACGGACGACGGAAAUUGCAGCUUGUACCCGCUAUCUGCUGUUUUUUUUGCUGCUGAUUAAAACUUGACAUUUUUCUCAUCCUUAUAAUUCAAACCCUUUUUAAUCGUGUCAUUUCCUUUGAUAAGUGACUAUCAUGGCCUCCUCAUCUGGCAUCAUUCCUCGCGACAAGUUACAGAUCUGGGAAAUCUUUCGUAACCCUGGGCACGAAGGAGAGGAGAUUUUGAAGACAUCGAAAUUGGCACAUGUUGUCGACCAGAAGCACGGUCUCGUCGUCACUAUAGCCGAUGAAACGUAUUCCUUCUUCCGGGACGAGGGAGGGUGCAAAAUUACUAGAAUUCCGAACCUUUGUGGCGUCCGGGUGAAAGAAUUUUUCAUCGUCAAUAUUGGAGUUGGCCUUGCCAUAGCGGAGGAUGGAUCCUUAUAUUCUUGGAUUAACGAUUUCUUCCUACUCCAGCAUUUGGAUACGUCCCAAAUUUCGUUUGAUAUUGACCCGCACGUCGUGGGGGGAAGUUUGAUAGGAAGAAAGGUUCAACAAGUCGCCUUGGCAGGGGAACGUGUCAUGGCGUUAACCGUGGGUGGAGAUGUGCAUCACUGGGUUCGAAUUAGGGACAUGUCUUUCGAGCCAAUUUUGAUUGCCAAGAAGAACUUUGAUUACCAGGAGGUCAUCUCGAUUGCUUGUAGUGACGAUAUUUCUAUCGCUCUUACAUCAAAUGGAGAGGUAUUUCAAUGGGAACUGGGUAACAUGUUGCCGCAAAAGGUGAUCGUGGCACCUUUAAGAAAGAUAAUUGGAAUCAGCCACAUUAUUUUUGCACUGACUGUUGAAGGAGCCCUGUACUCGGCGAGAUUUUAUGAUCCAAUCUCAAGAGAAACGAAGCCUGUAUGGACGCUUGUCUUCGAGAAUUUAAAAUCCCACGAUAUUACAACCUCAGUAUCGGACGACGUUGUUGUUGUCGAGUUGAAGAACAACAUCCGGUUAGCAUUUUCCUACCGUGGUGGAACUUGUGAUCCCCAUAUUCUCUCAAUUUCGCCAAAUGUUACCUCGCUGGACGAUCUCUUUGCUGAAAUUAGUCAAACAACCUGCCGUACUAUUUGGGCGAAAAGCGAUGUGAAACCGGGGACAGUGGAAGUUGACAUUGCCAACUUGUGGGGAAGCAAGGAAAAUUCGGACGUUACAUUUUCCGUGGAAGGGAAAACUAUCUCGGCGCAUAAAUUGGUCCUGACAGCGCGAAGUGAAUAUUUCGCCAAAAUGUUUAGCAACGAGUGGAAGGAGAUGAAAGGAUCCUCUAUUGAGAUCAAGGACACGAGGUACGAAAUUUUUGAAGCGCUUCUCUUCUACAUUUACUGCGACAAGGUUACCUUCUCGAAGGACGAGUAUGAAAACAUUUUUGGCCUCAUGAUGCUGGCGGACGCCCAUUGUGCCAUCAAAAUUCGUCACGAAUGUGAACAGAUUCUGAUGCGGAACAUCACCACAGAAAAUGCUGUGUUCCUCAUUCGAAACGCUGCCUCGGCCAACGCUUCGGAUUUGGAGAUGAACGUCGUUCGAUUUAUUUUGGAUAAUCGACUCCUCGAUGUAAAUUUGUCGCCUCAGGCGGCGAUUGACCUUUUGGGAAUUGAAGGAUUCAAUAAAGUUUGGAUGGCCGCACUUCGUCGAUUGUAGAUAAAUUUGUGGAAUUUUAAAUACAUAGCUUUUUCGACUUUUUAAAACUUAAUAGAUAAAUAAUUGAAUAUGAAUUAUGAUACUGACAUUUGAAGCAUAAACAAAAUUAAGCUAAGAAAUUAAUCAAAAUUUUGCAUUAAAAAUACAAAUAAGCAGGCUUGGGCAAGAUAGAUACUUUAAGAUACAAGAUACUAGAUACAAGAUACAAGAUACUACUCGUAUCUUGUAUCUUCCACCCGCCUCAGCUCAAAGUAUCUUGUAUCUUGUAUCUGGAAAAUCCUCAAUGAGUAUCUUGUAUUUGUAUCUUGUAUCUGAUGUUUUCCAUCAAGAGGAAAGUAUCUAAGACACUUUUUAAGAUACAAGAUAUUUUUUGCAAAAUAUGCUACCCGCGACAUCAAAAGUUCGAUUUUCUUAUGAUUUAUGAGGUAGUAAUUGUAAUUUGUAAGAAAAUAUGCGUGGUAUUUUUGCUAGUGGAAGGUGUUUUUAAAUGCCUAACUACUCAAUAGUAAGACUUUCAUUUUACUGGCGAUGCCUAAAUGGCAAAAAAUAUGAAAUUUUAUCUUUUUUAAAUCUUAAAAAAA